CUCAUUUUAUUAACUUAAUUUUAUUUUUAUUUAUUUUUACUGUCUGUAACGAUCGAUCGAGCAUGCAGCAGCAGCAGGAUACAACCAUCUCCACGCUUCUGCAAUUCAUCCUCCAAAGCCAGAAGGAGUGGUGGAGCUACGCCAUCUUCUGGCGGGCCUCCGACGAGCUCGGCCGCCUUUAUCUCUCCUGGGGCGCCGGCUAUUGCCAAGACACCAAAUCCAAAUCAACUUCUAAUAAUAAUAAUAAUAAAUUUUACGAUGAUGCUGGGAUUAAGGAGAUCGGCCAGCUCUUCGGAGGCGACGACGAUGACCAGCCGGAGUGGUUCUACAUGGGCUCCAUAACCAGGUCCUUUUCAGCUGCAAACGAGGCCGUUUUCCACACCUUCACUAGCGGCGCCGCCGUCUGGCUCCACGGCGAUCGAAUGCUUCAAUUCUCCAACACCGAGAGGGCCAGAGAAGCCCGACUACAUGGAAUUCAGACACUCCUUUUCGUCCCCAUUAUUUCUUGCGGUGUCGUCGAGUUAGGCUCCUCCGAUUCCAUCAAGGAAGAUUAUGGCCUCUUCCAAUUCAUCACCACCACCUUCAAUCCUCUGCAAACCCAGAUUCAUCCCACGGGGACACUUAAUUACAACGCCGCCGCCGCCGGGAAGUCGUCUUCCAACUCCGGCAACAAUUCCGACAUUAAUUCAGCUAAACCCUAUUACUCAUGUCCUAACACCAAAAGUACCAGAAAAAGGGGGAGAAACAAUAACUACAAUUACAAUUACUAUUACAAAUCAGGCAAUAAUCGUGUCUGCAGGGAUGAGCAGCAGACGACGACGCCGGCGGCGACAAGCCACAUCGAGGCGGAGAGGCAGCGGCGGGAGAAGCUGAACCAGCGGUUCUACGCUCUCCGGAGCGUCGUCCCCAACGUGUCUAAAAUGGACAAGGCCUCACUGCUAGCCGACGCCGUUUCUUACAUCAAUCAGCUCAAGUCCAAGGUUUCCAAUCUCGAGUCCCAAAUCCGAGCCCUCGAAGUCGACAUCGAUCCGCCGGCGCCGGCGCCGGCGCCGCCGCAAUCGAGCUCCGCCACCAGUACCACGACAGGUAAUAAUAACAAUUCGAUUGAUUCUUCCUGCAAAUCGAUGGGAGGAGGGUACAAUGUGGUCAUCGACAUAGAGGUGAAGAUAUUUGGAUCGGAGGCGAUGAUCCGUGUCCAGUCCCCCGACGUUGAUCAUCCCUGUCCGAGAUUGAUGAGCGUGCUGAGAGAGUUGGAGCUGGAAAUCAGCCGUGCCAGCGUGUCCAGCGUGAGGGCGACUGUGUUUCAGGAUGUCUUCAUUAGGGUUCCCAAAGGAAGGCAAAUUGGCAGUGAGGAUGCAAUCAAGGCUGCUAUUUUAAUGAAAAUGAGGCUUUGACUUAAUAAUAAUAAUAAAAAAAAAAUAAUAAUAGUAAUAUUAAUGUUGUUCUACGUUUCUAGACAAAUUAAUAAAUAAAUAAAUAUUA